UCCCAGAGGUUAUUCAGUAGAAGUCUUGGGGUGCAUUUUCAUUGAUUAAAAAUGACUACUCUUGGGAGUUUAGAAACUAAAGUCACUCUGACUUCAACCCCAAUCCGAGGAGGAGAUGGAAUGGAAACAGAGGAUCCACCUAAGUCUGUUGAAGUCACCUCUGCAGUCCAGCCUAUAAAACCCCACGUCCUUCUGAGUCCACGAAGGAGGAAAGCAGUCGCACCAGAGAGCCCAGGAGUCCUGCAGCUGGGCAAGAUCUUCACUGAGAAAGUGGUGGAAGUCGAAGCUGUAAGAAUAUUGGUUCCCAAAGCUGCUAUCACCCACGUUAUCCCCAACAAAAAUGCCAAGGGUAAGCCUCUCGGACAUCAGAAAGGGGAGCUCUCUGGUCAGUCCCAGAGAGCUGCCGAGCCCCGGAAGGAGCUCACAGAGGUGAAAAGCACCCUGGAGAAGCUCAGGAACUCGGAAAGGAGGCUGCUGCCGGACCGACAGGGCCUUUCCAACCAGCUCCGCGUGCAGACGGAGGUCAAUCGUGAGUUAAAAAAGCUGCUGGUGGCUUCUGUUGGUGAUGAUCUUCAGUAUCACUUUGAACGUCUAGCCCGUGAGAAAAAUCAGCUUAUUUUAGAAAAUGAAGUCCUAGGUCAGAACACAGCUCAGCUUGCCGAGCAGUUAGAACGAAUGUCAAUACAGUGUGAUGUGUGGUGAAGCCAAUUCCUCGCGAGCAGGGUCAUGGGAGUUAACCAAUUCCAGGGCAGUUCUGCAGCGUCAGUUCAGCACCGGGACACGCAGGGUGCUCUCCAGGAACUCCUGAGUGAGCGGGAGCAGCUUUGCCAGGGAAUGAAAGCCACCCACACUUUACUGAAGGAGCUCCUGGUCUCCUUGCAGUGGGGAAGAGAGCAGACGUACUAUCCUAGCACCCAGCCUCACAGCACAGCAGAACUAGCGUUAACCAAUCACAAGUUGGCAAAAGCAGUAAAUGCUCAUCUUCUGGGAAAUGUUGGAACUAACAGUCAAAAAAAGAAUCCACCAACAGUUGAAUUCUGCAGCAUCCCAGCGGAAAAAAUGGCUGAAACGGUGUUACACAUUUUGGACCCAGCUACCAGUACAGAAAGCUCACCUGAUAAUCCGUUUUCUGAGUACUCACCAACCACCUUACUUGCUACAAAGAAAAAUAUUGGGCAAUUUCAUCCCUGUACUAGAUAUGAAAACAUCACCUUCAACUGCUGCAACAACUGCCAGGAGGAACUUAUUGCCCUUUAA